AUGGACAAUACUCUGUUUACUCUUCAAAGCGCUGAAGGUAUUGUUGUUGUUUUCAUUUAUGUUGAUGAUUUAAUCAUCUCUGGAGACAACACAAAAGGUAUUAAAGAGGUUAAGACCCAUCUUAAGUCUGUUUUCGAUAUAAAAGAUCUUGGAGAACUUAAGUAUUUUCUUGGGAUUGAAGUAUGUCGAUCUCUGGAGGGUCUAUUCUUAUCACAAAGAAAAUAUACUCUUUACUUGCUAUAUGAGACAGUAAAACUAGGAGCUAAGCCAGUAGGCACACCACUUCCUGAUGGAUACCAAGUUGAGCGAAAGGGGGAGAGGAAAGAUCCAUCUUAUAAAGAUCCCUCUCGCUACCGGCGACUUGUAGGUAAGUUAAUAUAUUUGACUCUGACUAGACCUGAUCUUUGCUAUGCGGUGAACCAGGUGAGUCAGUAUAUGAAGUCUCCUACAACGUAUCAUUGGAGUCUUUUGGAGAGAAUACUCCACUAUCUUAAAGGAAGCCCUGGACAAGGAAUUUGCAUGGGAAAGAACGCUAACACUGAACUUGUGGGCUAUUGCGAUGCUGAUUGGGGUGGUGACAAGACGGAUAGAAGAUCCAUCCAAGGCUAUUGUACUUUCAUUGGAGGUAAUCUAGUCACAUGGAAAACAAAGAAGCAAAAGGUAGUCUCGAUGUCAAGUGCAGAGUCAGAAUAUCGAGCAAUGAGGAAGCUUACAACCGAACUCACAUGGCUAAAGGCACUACUAGAAGACUUAGGCAUCACGAUUUCAACUCCUAUUACUAUGCAUUGUGAUAAUCAAGCAGCUAUCCACAUCGCAACCAACUCAGUAUUUCAUGAGAGAACCAAACAUAUCGAGAUAGACUGCCACAAAGUUCGAGAGAAGAUUGAGGAAGGAGUUACUCUUCCCUGCCACACUCCAAGUGAAAACCAAUUAGCUGAUAUCUUCACUAAGGCUGCAAGUCUCAAGGUUUUCUCACAUAUCUCCUUGAUCACAAAUCCUCUCUCCGUGAUAAUCACACUCUUUUUCCCUUGA